AUGUGCCUGGCCAAAACAUUCGUGUAUGACUGCGGCCACAAACACCUCAUUCGGCUACACUGCACUCGCAAUAACCCACUCCUCUGCCACGACUUGACCAACAAACCUGAACGCCGGUACUACGACUGCUGCUGUUGUAUUGAGUAUCAGCUUAGCGUUGCGGAGAAAGAGAGGAGGGAAAGGGAAAGGGAAGUAGAGAGGUGGCGGGGUGUCAGAGACGAGAGUGCUGGGGCAGGAGAUGAGGAUAAAAAUGGGGAGGGUCAUGGUAAUGGCAAUGAGAGGGAGGAAAAGGCAAGGGUCAGGGAGUGGUUGAACAGUGUGCAGGGGGACUGUGAUAUGGCAAACUUGGAAGAAGCUCGUGAAAGAAAUGGAGGAGAGCCAGUCCAGGAUCAGAAUCAUAAACACAUCCACGACAACGGAACAUCCACCAAUACCGCUCGAACCGCCUCCCGCUCCAUGCUCGACGCAGACGGUGACAUUGACAUGCUCACCAACGAAGCAGUGGAGUUCCAAGAUCCUAACGACUGGUCUUGUGCGAAGGUUAUCCAAAAACCAAGGGAGGGCGAGAGGAAGGAGGGAGAGGAUGAGGAUUAUGAGGUGUGGGAGGGUAUGGAUGGUGGACCGUUCUGA